AAAUCUGUUUUUCAAAAUAAUCUUUUUUAGAAAUAUUUGGGUAUUUAAAAAAAAAUACCACUUUUUUUUGCUUUUUGUUCUAACUACAUUGUAGGGUUGUUUUGAGGACUACAUAAGUUAAUGCACAGAAAGCACUUAGAACAACGCCCAGCACUUCAUAAACAUUCCUUAAAGUGUAGCUAUUAGAAUGAUAAUUGUAAUGUUUAUCUUUCUGCUUUUCUAAUGAUUUGGUUGCAUUCUAUUUAACCAUUGAAAGAAUCUACUGUCAUCUGUUUUUUUAGUUUCCAGUAUUAAGGGUCAGCCACUAAUGCAUAAUUUUAUUUUCUGCUUUUUAAAUUGGUAAUGCGGUCAUGGGAACAGAAAGUUGCUAUGGUCUCACCACAGUUUCCACAUUUGCCAGUUUUUAUGCAGGCCUGAGCAGAAGUAGAAGAGUUAGGGGUGUGAGGAGGUAGAAUUAAUGAGGAAUGAAAACUUAUCUCUUAAUUCUCUUAGCUGGGUGGGUCCAGAACAUGUUUUCACUUCGAUAGUAACAAAUACUUUAGUACAGGAAAGAAAGAAAAUAUGUAAGACAUGGUUCCUCCCUCAAAGACUGUGUAAUCCAGUGAGAUGUGAAGAUGGGUGCCAAAGUGUAUGUACCUGAUGAUGAAUUCGACCCCUCGGCAUUGCCCAAUGGGCCAAAAGGGGCAUCGCCUAUGGUGGAAAAUGGCCACUAGAUGGCAGUCACUCCAUGGUCACCAGACAGAAUGUCCUAAAAUUACUUGCAUCUGUGAUGAUGAUCUACCAAAAAAAAAACAGAUUUAUUUCCAAGAAUGAUAAAGACCGCAGAUUCCCUCUCACCUUUGUAAAUUCAUUCUACUGUUUGCAAGACCUAUCAUCUAAUACAUUACCUUUAAUAAUGGAGAUGCAAGAAAAUAUCUAAUUCAAUUCCCCUGAAAAUAAACUUAUACUAAUUUGGGAAGUGUUUACCUAGCUUUGAAUUUUAGAUGUGUCUUUAAAGCAUUUACUAAAUAAAUCUACUUUAAAGCAUUUUAAUAGCAUAAAAUGGUAUUGGAGACAGCUUAAUAGAACCACAGAAUAUGUAUCUUAUAAUACAUAUUUGGAAUGUCAAAGGUAAACUGGGAAUAAAACUAUAUGACUUCAUCCUCAAUUUUACUGAGUUGAUGAGUCUACUUUUGGUACCUACUACAUAAAAAACAUGCUGCUACUUAAGGAACUUUGAAGGCAAAUAAACAUAGUUCUUAUUCUUAAUAGAUUUCCUGUGGUUUUCAGAACAAAUCAGUCAAAUACACAAAUCUAAACAAAUUACUCAGUGUCUAAUCACAGCAAUUUCUAAAAGAUGUUUUUGAGUAGCCAUCAAUUAGAAGUCAGUUUGCCCUAUCAGACAGCAUGUAACCCUCACGUUUUAAAACAUCCAUAGUGAAUAAUGAGCAAAAACAAUAUAAGUGUACUACUAAUGUAGUCAAAGCGUGUACUUUGAUUGCUAAUAAAACACUUGAGUCUGGGAGUUCCAAAUGUAAAUCCUGGUUCUACCACUUCCCAAACGUCAGUUGCUUUCUGUAGCUUGUCUAACAUCAUUUUUUUGAUUUGUGAAAUAAGGACAUUUAACAGUGCCUGUCUUAGAGUUACUGUAAAAAUUAACACCUAUAAGGAGCUUAGCACAGUGCCUGAUAUGUGCUAUGUGUUAGGAAGUAUUGCUCAAAUGAUUUCAGGUUACCAAAAGGAGGAUUCAUGAGGAAUCUUUCCUAUUUCCAAGGUCACUGAUAUUUUGACCAUGAUCCUUUCACUGUCGUUUUUAUCUAGACAUACAAAUGCUUUACUUGUAGGCUUGCAUCCUCUACUUGUUGCUCCUAUUAAAUAACUUUUUCCUACAAGAUAAUGUAGUUUAUACUUGUGCUAAAUAACUGUGAUAAUUGGUAGCCAUCGGUCUGUUCUUUGGUGCAUAGCUGGCUGUCUUUGAGCUUUCUCCAGAAUGCUAUAGAUCUUUACAGGGUACUAACCAGAAGAUAAUCACUCUUUUAGUCACGUACUCAGCAAAUUUUAAGAAAAAAAGAGUUACCUAAUUAAAGAACUUACCACGUAAACCUGCUGCCCUAGAAUUUUAUCAGCCACUUCCACAAGGUGGUGGGAUGAGUUCAUUAGGUUCCCAGGGAAAGCACUACCCUGAGGUGUAGGUUUUUUCAAGUCACAUUCAAUAUUCUGAGUGACUAAGGCUCACCAUCUCCAUUGUUCUUCAUCUCUCUUCAGAACAUCUCCCUAGAGAGCAUCAGACCAUAUCUUAGUUUGACCUUGAUUUGCUGUAUGAAGGUCUCAACCAUCCUAUGCAACUGUAGAAGGCUGGGAAUGAGCCUCCACUGUUUGGAGAGAAGAAUAAACAUGCAACAAUUACAUGACAGUACAAAGUAGACUACUAAAGAGGCUGGUACCAUUGAUCUCAUGCUGAGGAACUUCCAAGGACAGUGGGCCCAAGAAAACCCUUGUCAAUAGACUGAAGCCCUGAGUGGAACACUUCUGGUUUUUCAUGGGGAGGUGGGAGGGGAGUAGGGUGCUAGGGUGGGGGGCAGUACUUUUUCCUUGAGCUCAACAAUACUGAGGUACCUAGAGAGGAUGAGAAGAAUAUAUUAUAUUCUCUAACUUGGUCUUCCCCUAGUUUUCAUUUUGUGGAAAAAUAGGCCCCCUUUCUAUACAGUUUUCUGUUUCCUUUAAACAAAUUUUGAAAAGAAAUAUUUCUUCUGUGUCAACAGGAUGCGUGCUAAGUGCAGUACUCUGGUAGUUACUGCACAGGAAGUGAAAUGGAAAUUAUAGUUUACAGUGUGAAAUGGAUGGGCACAAGGCUUUUAUCUUAAUUGAAUGUUGUGUCAAUGCUACAAGAAUUUUGGGAAAGCAAGCAGCAGCAGAGAGCUGCAUUCCCAAGUGAAGGCGUGGUGGUCUAUGAGUCGCUGCCAUCUCCAGGACCUCCCUUUGUGAGUUAUGUGACCCUCCCAGGGGGAAGCUGUUUUGGCAACUUUCAGUGCUGCUUAAGUAGAGCUGAAGCCAGACGGGAUGCAGCUAAAGUGGCCCUAAUCAACUCGCUCUUCAAUGAGCUGCCCUCUCGAAGGAUCACUAAGGAAUUCAUUAUGGAGAGUGUGCAGGAAGCAGUUGCCUCCACCAGUGGCACUUUGGAUGAUGCAGAUGACCCCAGCACCAGCAUUGGAGCCUACCACUACAUGUUGGAGUCAAACAUGGGGAAGACCAUGCUGGAAUUUCAGGAGCUGAUGACCAUUUUCCAACUAUUGCACUGGAAUGGAAGCCUAAAAGCCCUACGUGAAACAAAGUGUUCCCGACAGGAAGUCAUCUCCUACUAUUCCCAGUAUUCCCUAGAUGAAAAGAUGCGCAGUCACAUGGCCCUGGACUGGAUCAUGAAGGAGAAGGAGUCACCAGGAAUCCUCUCUCAAGAGCUACGGAUGGCCCUGAGGGAGUUGGAGGAAGCCAGGAAAGCGGGACAAGAACUGCGGUUUUACAAAGAAAAGAAAGAAAUUCUGAGUUUAGCCCUGACUCAGAUCUACAGUGAUCCUGACACCUCCUCACUCAGUGAUGAUCAGCUGAGCCUAACAGCUCUCUGUGGCUACCACUAGCAAGGCCAGGUCCCGGCUGCCCCGAGGUUGGCAGAGGCUGGACUCUAUAGGAAGCUCAGUGAAGGAGGUCAUCAGAGGCUUUAGCACCUACAGCUACUACCUGAAGGCUGUACUAAUUUUUCCCAUCCAUUCCAUUCACAGAAUCUGAGAGUAGUAGGACCUUUACAGGACCCAGCAUUCCACUCGAUGCAAUUUUCCCAUCAUGCUUUCAAGAGUUCCACCUCUUACUGAAAGGAUGGAGACAAGAUUGUUGGAAAAAUAUUUUCCAGGUUUGGCUUCAACUUAAAGCCCUGUUGACAUGUGCCUUGCUAGAUUAUAUGUGUUGUUUUAAACAAUGGGCCAGUGUAGCAUCCCCCAAAAGGACAUCAGCCAAGACUGGUGAAAGUAGCAUGAUAGCAAUUUUUAAAAAUACUUGGGGUUAAAUAAAUGAGAUAAAAAAUA